AUGAGUCAAGUUCUCCAAAAGUAUGAAAAGCUGGAAAAGAUUGGUGAAGGAACAUAUGGAAAAGUUUACAAGGCUAAGAACAGAGAGACUCACGAAAUUGUUGCACUAAAGCGAGUUCGACUUGAAGAUGAUGACGAAGGUAUUCCUAGUUCCGCUUUCCGCGAAAUUUGUCUUCUUAAGGAACUUAAGCAUCGAAAUAUUGUGCGUCUAUACGAUGUGCUCAUUAGCGAAUCUCGUCUUACCAUUGUUUUCGAACAUUGUGACCAAGACCUUAAAAAGUACUUUGAUGCCUGUAAUGGUGAAAUCGAUCCAAACACAGUUAAGUAUUUUAUGUACCAAUUGCUAUUGGGUCUUCAAUUCUGUCAUGCCAACCAUGUUCUUCACCGUGAUUUGAAACCACAAAAUUUGCUAAUUAACUCGAAUGGCGAAUUGAAAUUAGCCGAUUUUGGUCUAGCUAGAGCUUAUGGUAUCCCAGUUCGGCAGUAUUCCGCGGAGGUUGUGACUCUAUGGUACCGUCCACCGGAUGUGCUUUUUGGUGCUAAAAUCUACACAAUUUCAAUCGAUAUGUGGUCAGCAGGUUGCAUUUUUGCGGAAUUGUCCAACGCUGGUAGACCACUUUUCCCAGGAUUUGAUGUCGAUGAUCAGUUGCGUCGAAUUUUCAAAUUACUUGGCACUCCAACCGAGGCAACGUGGCCAGGAGUCACCGAACUACCAGAGUACAAAGCUUUCACCAUCUAUCCCAGAAAUUCUCAUUGGCAUCAAGUUGUUCCUAACCUCUCGGUUCGUGGUCGAGAUCUCCUGCAGCAACUGCUCAUCUGCAAUCCUUCCGAUCGGGCGAGUGCUGACCAGGCUUUGAGUCACCCCUACUUCGAUUCAAUGGCUCGCUAG